AUGGCACAGGCUCAUGGACCUCUUUCGAGAACGAACACGGCGCCGGUAUUCAACAGUGGUAGAGCUGCGAGCGGUCUCUCUGGCUUGAGUCAGACCAUGAGCCACAACUCCAGCUCGAGGUCGUCACAGAUGUCGGCGCCCUCCGCGGCCUUCUCCUCCACCACAUCUCUAUCCACAAUGUCAAAUCCGAAUCCUCUUCAGUCGGCGACGAGUCAGCCAGCUGGCGGUGGGCUGCCAGCUUCGGGGCCGGUACAGACAAAUAAUAUCAUCAAUCAGAAAGCCGACGCGUCGAGGUCUCUCUACCAAAUAUGUGUGGCUUUGAGAAGUCGAUUAGAGCAGGUCCCGGGCUUCGACAAGCACUUGAACACGAUGGCAGAGCAGGAUGGCGCAGAUGGAAUGGAUCCGGUCUCAUCGCUGUGGAGGUGUCUGCGGAAAGGAUUUCCGUUGUUAACGAUAUAUAAUUCUCUACAACCGCCGAGCCCUCUACAUAUGGCCGAAGAAUCGAUGCCCGAAGCACAGUGGCCCAAGAACUUACCUAAAAAAGCCGCAUUUAUGUUCGUAAAAGCUUGUCUGGAGGGAGAAUUGCAUAUUGAUCCUGGAGAGUGUUUUGCACUCUCAGAUUUAUUUGGAGAUGAUACGACUGGAUUCGUAAAGGUCCGUACCAUUUUAUUCAGCCCCUAG